AUGUAUUUGACGGCGUCGGAGCUACAGUCAAACGAGGUGCAGACAGACAUCUAUCAACUUCCCACUUAUGAGACUCCUUCACAGAUGCCAAAUGAACCGCACGGAGGUGGCUAUCAACAGGUAUCCAGUCAAGCGAGAAUCCUUCCGCCUGGAAGAAUUCCAUGCGGAUUCCAUCCGCAGUUGGUGGCUGCCACGGCCGAGAAGUCUAUCCCGCAGAAUAUUGGCCAAAAGUUCGGGAUGCUUGUCAGUCAGGCAUCAAGCCGAGAACUGAUUGGUCGAAAUUCUGGACCCAACAGUCAGUCGCAACCCAGCAUUGGCCAAAUGCUGGUGGCCAAUGGCGCAUCCCAAAGGCGUCAGAAUUUCCAGGUUGUCACCGCAUGCACUAAAUACGUGUUAGCGCUCUACAGCGUUGGUCGCAGUAGUCAGAAAUUCACCCACGGCCGUCUAUUAUCCCCCGAUGGAUCUGAAAAUGCGGACACACAGACUUCCGGGGCACACUGUCGUGGGAUUCUGUGCCUCGGUCCAGGCUGUUGCGGACAGCUCGGAGUCAAAUCAAUGAAGGUCACAACCGGAAUUCGGAAGGACAAAUGUCACUCUAACACCGACCGGUCCACGAGCGCGAGGGAUGCCAAGUUCAAGGGUCAUGUGGGCAUCGGCGAACGAGGACACGGGAUAAAAGAACAACCAGUGGAACCAUCCGACAGAAUAACUAAUCGCGGUCAAAUGUCAUCCCCGGCUACCAGCACGUAUAUCAACACACAAGUAACACUACUGAACGCACAACCACCAACCCACCGCUACGCACACCUACGCACUGAUGAUGUCACCUCGAUUGGUGAUGAAACGUUUGCAACCAAAUUGCCCAGCUCAGCGAACAAGCCAACGACCAUCUACGCCACCUGA